AUGCAGUUCUCCACUGGUGCCAUCUUCGCCCUUGCUGCCGCCGUCGCCUCGGCUGACGCAGUCUUCCACGUCUCCGACUUCUCGGCCGCGUGCAUCGCUCACAGCUCCCAGUGCUCUUACUCCUUCGGAGUCGUCCAGAUCGGCAACGGCGAGACCACCCCCGUCCAGUGCUCCGCCCUGGUGACCAGCAACGGCGAGCUGCCCGAGGUCACCGACGGCACCUGCGAGAACUCCUCCAGGACCUGGAAGAUCACCAAGUUCUCCAACAACCACGCCAGCGGCCUGGAGCUCGAGGUCUCCCAGCAGGUCACCCCCAGCUCCACCCAGUCCGCCCGCUACGACAUCUUCUCCGGCAGCCUGGAGAUGCAGCAGACCGGUGCCUCCACCCAGCAGGUCUACACUGGCGAGACCGAGUUCGACCUCGUCAACUAA